AUGGCACAAACUGCCGCUUCACAGCUUGGUCUGCAUCGUCCAGAAGUGAUACAGGAUUUCUCACGCAACAAAUGGAAACUAAAUCCCAGUGGGAUUCAGGAAGCUGUGAGAACCUGGUCCGUUUGCUAUAUCGCCGCAAAAAGUAUCUCUUUGGCGGUCGGUCAACCUCUAACUGUUCCUUUCGACUGGACUAUUGACCGUGUCUGCGAUGCCAAAAGUCCAUACUCGAUGCCAGAUGAUUUAAGGCAUCAGGUGAUAAUUUAUCGUUUUGCGGCUCGCGUGAGUACCGCCAUGUCUGGGAAUCGACAGUCUCCAACUGGACUUCCAGCUCCCGGUGAAGGCACCUCUUUGCUGGUUUUACUGGAACAGGAUUACAACGGUUUGGCUCGUGAGAUGGAACAGAAGCUUUCCCCUGUCAAUCGAAUACUUCUCGAUGGGGUCGGCCUAGAGCUUCGAACAUUCUACUUUCUUGAUAUCUGCUCCCUAGAGAUACGCCGAGCAGGUCUAUUGAGGGCAUAUAAUACAUCUGAGGCCUUGAUCUCCAAAGUUCGAGAGGCCGAUAAGGCAACAAAUUUGAUGAAGUACUCUCCGGCCGCCUUCUAUCGCCUAACGAUAUUGUCUGCUCUUGUGAUGCUCAAGGUUAUAAAUUCAAGCUACUCCAAUCUUGUGGACAUCGAAAGUGGCAAAAGAACUUUCAAUUCCGCACUAUCUUUGAUUCGCCAUUCGUCCGUGGAAGAUAACGAUCUCCCUGGGAGGUCCUCAAAGAUUUUGGCUCAGCUCUGGAGCAUUCAGAGUCAGCGUUAUCGAAGACCGGAAGAAGAGCCCCGAAUUAGCCUCACAACCAGGUCUUCAGCAAGUAUUCUGCAUGAUUCUUUGUGGCUGUGGAGAGAAAGGUUUGGAAGCCAAGACUGUGGUAUAAACACACCCACCGGAACAUCCGCUCAAAGAUGGGAAACAAAUGAUCCCCAACUUGUUGAUGAAAAUAAUGAUGUGGACCCCGGCAUGAAUAUGGAUUGGAUAUGGGAUCUUGGAAUGCCUGGUUUGGUAUCAUGGGAAUUCGAGAGCAAUCCUGGCUAUUUCCCCUUGUCUUGA